AUGAUGUUACGUUCUACAAGGUUGAUAAGACCUAAUCUUAGGUUAAAUCAACUUCUGAUAUUAAGAUUUAAUAACACAUAUGCAUAUAUUCAAGAUUUCCCUACAUUACAAUCAAAAAUUAAAUCAAAUAUUUCAUCAGAUUCAUCAUCUUCAGAUAUUUUACAAGCAUUAUCAAGCAUUAAAAAUUUACAACCAAAUUAUACAAUUCAUGAUCAACUAGAUGAGAAUUCAGAAAUUUCAAAAGAAUCAAUAUUAAUAGUUAAUGAAAUAUUUAAAAAUUGGAAUAAUCAUUUAAUAACUAAUGAAUUAUUACGAGAAAUAUUUAUAUUAAAUUUACCAACGUUAAUAAAUUUAAAAAUUAUUGAAAUUUUUUAUAAACAAAAUCCAAAUGGUAUAAUUAAUAAAGAUAUUGCAUUAAUUCCAUUAAGAAAUGCUAUAUUUAAUGCUGACUUUAUGAAAGCUAUUAAAUUAACUGAUUUAACUGUGGGACAUAAAAAUUAUAUUGAUAAUAUGAAUAAUAUUUUAAAAAAAGGAUUAAUUAAAUUAGCUACAACAGCUGGAAUAAUUACUUUAUUUACUAAAUUUGGAGUAUCUUCAAUGAUUGAUUCUGGAUUAAUAUCUCAAAAUUGGGAACAUUUAGCAGCAUUAAAUUCGAUUAUUUUAACAUAUUUUAUAAAUUCAAGUUUUUUUAUAACUAUUGUUAAAUUAGGUAGAACUUUAAUUAAUUCAGGUGGUGAUUAUCUUACUUGGCAAAAGGGGACAUUUUAUAAUCAUUGGUUUAAACAUGCUGAUGAAUUAUUAUUUAGUUCAAAAAUUAUUGAAGCUGAUAGAGAAUUAAAUCAAGGGGAAAAUAAUCCUGAAAUUGUUGAAGAAUUAUGUCGUAUUCCAUAUGAAGAUGAAAGAGAUGCUGCUAAAGGUUUAAAAGCUAGUUUUGAUAGAUAUGGUAAUAAAAUUAGAUUAUUAACAUUGAAAGAUGAUUUAGAAAAAAUCAAAUUUCAAGCUUAUUGGAUGACAGGUGGUGAUGGAUUUGAAUGGGUUGAACCAGAUCAAGAUCCUGCUGAAUUGGAAUGGAAAAAUCAUUUGGAAUUAUAUAAUAAACCUGCUUUAAAUCAAAGUGAAGUAAGUGCUUUACGUUGGGCUGAUGAUUUGAUUCAAAAAUCAACUACUGAUGAUUUCGAAGAAUAA